UUUUCCUCUUCCUCUUCAACCAAGACAAGACAUCACCACUAAUCCCUAUAAGCACAACAACUACGGCCGGCUGGCCGGGAUCGAGUCCUGCAUGGAGCCAUCUCGGCGAUCCGCCGGCGGCGCGGCAUCGGAGGCCUCCUCGGCGACCGGAUCGGACGCCGAGGACGACAGGUACUGCAGCGCCAACUCCGCCCUCGGCACGCCCAGCUCCCUCGGCAGCCUCCGACCCUCCUCCGACUUCUGGGACCACCAGAUGGACCUCCUCCUCGAAGACCUCCCCGCCGUUUCCGGAUUCCCCAAGAACCACCAGCUCAGCCGCCACCAGGCCUGGGCACCGUCGCAGUCGCGGCCAGGAACGGGUCCUCCUCCGAACGCCACAGGAGACGACGCUCUCGCGCGGCAGGAGUCGAUUUCUGGUUCGCCGGCUGUUCCUCCGCGCCCGGAUCCUAGCCAGGCAGACAGACUUGAUGACAGUGAUCUAUUCGAUGAUAUGGUCCAAGAGAUGGAAGAGAUUCUGCUCAAUUCUGGAGAGCCCCAUGAAAAUGGGUCUUUCACGGAUAAUCGCGGGACCAAUGCUCGCCAGGUUCACCAUUUCAGAGAUGGCAGCACUACUGCCUCCACUUCUGGUACAGAUUAUGCCUAUGUAUACCCUCUUCCUCACUAUCCUGCAAAAAUUGAUUGGGUGGAGGUUGUGGGAGCAAAGCAAAGAACUGGGGAUGUUUCUUUCGGUGAGCGGAUGGUUGGUGUCAAAGAAUACACUGUUUAUUUGUUAAAAGUGAGGAGCGGUGAAGAUGAAUGGGAAAUUGAGCGCCGGUACCGUGAAUUUUAUGCACUUUAUCGGCAACUUAAGGACUUGUUUUAUGAGAGAGGCUUGACUCUUCCCCCCACAUGGGAAAAUGUUGAAAGAGAGUCAACUAAAAUAUUUGGGAAUGUGUCCCCAAACGUCAUCAAUGAGAGAAGUGGUCUUAUUCAAGAAUGUUUGCGUUCUUUGCUGUUCUCUAGCUAUUCGCUUGGAACACCCACCCCUCUGGUUAAUUUUUUAUCACCAGGGAGGCCAGGUUAUGAAUAUAGCUUUUUGAAAACUCUUAUCCCACAAUCUUUGCAAAGGCGAAGCAGUGAUUUACAUUCCAAAGAUUCAGACUACAAUGGAGCUUCGCAUGACGAUUCAACCUCAAUGGGCAAGACAAUAUCACUUAUUGUGGAGGAUAGGCCUCGGAAGUCGACUAGACAAUUGUUAGAGUUACAACACUACAACUGUGCAGGAUGCCAUAGGCAUUUGGAUGCUGGACGAACAUUGCUGCAAGAACUUGCGCAAACUAUUGGAUGGAACAAACCUCGGUUUUGUGCUUACACUGGCCAACUGUUUUGUGCUUCUUGUCACACAAAUGACACUGCAGUUGUGCCAGCAAGAGUCUUGCACCACUGGGAUUUUUCUUUAUAUCUGAUUUCCCAAUUAGCGAAAGCAUAUUUGGACUCCAUCUAUGACCAGCCUAUGCUCUGUGUAAGUGCUGUCAAUCCUUUCCUGUUCUCUAAAGUGCCAGCUCUGCUUAAUAUCAUGAGUGUCCGGAAGAAAAUAGCAGCUAUGCUUCCUUGUGUCCAAUGUCCUUUCCGAAACUCCGUACUUAAAGGACUAGGUGUUCAAAGAUACCUCCUUGAUGGGAAUGACUUCUUUGCGCUUCGUGACCUCGUUGAUCUCUCGAAAGGGGCUUUUGCAGCACUUCCAGUUAAGGUCCAGACCAUAUCAAACAGGAUACUUGAGCACAUCACCGAGCAAUGCCUUGUGUGCUAUGACACCGGUGUGCCUUGUGCUGCUCGACAAGCUUGUGAUGACCCCCUGUCCCUUAUAUUUCCAUUCCAGGAGGAUGAGGCUGCAAAAUGCGGUUUGUGUGGGUCAAUCUUCCACAAGCAAUGCUUUAGGAAAAUCAGUGUUUGCCCCUGUGGUAAGGCUUCCAGCACAGGCAGAAAGAUUGCGGUGCUUGAGCAAGCUGUACAUGGUGGCUCAGGCAUGCCAUCAACCGAGUCGAUCCAAACCCAGUCUUUCUCUUCAUCCUCAGGAUUUUUCUCCGACAUUCUCUCCAAGGCAAGGCCGGAUAAACUUUGGAAGCCGAGGAAUAGCAGUCCUGUAAUCCUUAUGGGUUCGUUGCCAGAUACGUUAAUUUGAGCUCAGUUGUAAGUCUGUCCGAAUAAAUUCUACUGUGUGUUAGGUUGUACCAAGAGAUGCAUGGGGAGGUUCUCCCAAUCGUUCGAAAUGUAAUAGAAUGCAAUUUCAUCCA